AUGAACGUAAAGCAAUGGAUAAAAAAGAAGAUUUCAGUACAAAGGAAGAGAAAACGAUCUAUUACGGAAGAUAGUAAUUCUGAAUCAGAGUUGCCUUUGACUCAAAUAGCACAUUCUAAUAAAGUUAAAAAUGCUAAAAAGGAUAUCAACAAGGGUUCUUUUGUCAUCAUUAUGUAUGAGGGUGAAUAUUUCCCCGGAAAGAUUGAAAAUAAGGAACGAGGUCUCUUUGAAAUAAGUACAAUGGUACUUUCUAAUGGGAACACUUUUAGGUGGCCAGAAAGGCCAGAUAUAAUUUGGUAUAAAACUACUGAUAUAGUCGAAGUUAUAAAUCCUCCUAUCAAACAUAAUAACAGAGGCUUUUACAAAGUACCAGAAAUGGAGAAGUUUUUGCCUGACAUUUAUAUGACCUAG